CUUCAGUACGCGAAACCAUCAGCGGCUCAGGACAGGGCGCUCCUGUCUCUUUCCGGCCUCCGUAGUUUAAAAAAAAAAAAAAGAAAAAAAAAAACGGUUACCCAGCAACGAGAUAAAACACUGGAACCAUCCUCACCAGCUUGAAGAGAAAGAAGAGGUGAGGCAGUUUCCCCCACUCCCUCUCCAAUGUGGAGGCUUCACCUUUUUCCUUCGUGUCGUAGUCUCUCCGCUUCUCCAACACUCCCGCAACUCCUGGACCAGAUAGGGAGCUUGGCAAGCCCUUUCUCGGAGAAUCUGGAACGCUAGGUCGUCGACGUCCCGCCCACGGUUUGACCUGCCUUCCCCCUCGACCGCUUGUCCUCCCCCGCCCGGUUCAGGGCUCUCACAACUUUCAAGAUUCGAUAUCUAAUCUCCUGUUUGUGCCCAAAAGAGAGAAAGGGAAGAGUCUCCACAGGUACCAUAGGCAAUUCUUUCCGAGGAGAUGUCGAUUCCUUUCUCCAAUACCCACUACCGAAUUCCACAAGGAUUUGGAAAUCUUCUUGAAGGGCUGACACGGGAGAUUCUGAGGGAGCAACCGGACAAUAUACCAGCUUUUGCCGCAGCGUAUUUUGAGAACCUUCUAGAGAAAAGAGAGAAAACCAGCUUUGAUCCAGCAGAAUGGGGGGCUAAGGUAGAGGACCGCUUCUAUAACAACCACGCAUUCAAGGAACAAGAACAAACUGAGAAAUGUGAACAAGAUCUAGCCAAGUCAUCUGGGAGAGAAGAAACACCAGUUACUCCCUUCGGGGAGUCUACUGAGGAAGAAAGAGAACAGGAGGAGGCGGCUGCUCUCAAAAUUCAGUCCGCCUUCCGGGGACACGUGGCUAGAGAAGAGGUAAAGAAGAUGAAGUCAGAUAAGAGUGAAAACCUGAAAGCAGAGAACAAUUGAGACCACAGGUUUUACCCCCGAAACAUGAAAAGUAAUCCAAAUCCAUCGGUGUUGUGAUUGUCUUUUUUUCUUCAGUAAGGAAGACAUGAUAUUGUGGAAUAACAUUUGUUGCUGUUGUGGAAAUCUGUCACAAGCAUUUGUUUAAUAAACAUGCCAUUGAAAUA